AUCUUUGUUUCAGCAGAAAGAAGCUUCAAACAUGAAACUUCAACUAUUCCCGAUGAAUCUGAAUCAAACUACUUUAUGCAGUUCACGAAAUUCUUAUGGCAAUCCAAUCAAUCGGGUUACCAACACGUUUGGCCAGUAUGAUCAUGGGUGCAGCAGUCUCAACCGUCUAUUAUAAUCUUAAGCUACGGCAUCCCACAGUUGAUAUGCCCAUCAUUGACUAUGACUUGGCUGUGCUUAUCCAACCAAUGCUUAUGCUGGGGAUUAGCAUUGGAGUUGCUUUCAAUGUGGUUUUUGCUGACUGGAUGGUUACAGUUCUGUUGAUCAUUCUCUUCAUAGGCACAUCGACCAAGACCUUUUUCAAAGGUGUUGAAACAUGGAAGAAAGAAACCAUUAUGAAAAAGGAGGCAACUAAGAUCUUGGAUGGAAAUGUUAGUGGCACAGAAGAAGAAGAAUACAAGCUUCUUCCCGGUGGCCCAAGCAACAGUUCCGAAACGGAGGCCAAUGUCUCUGCAGAACCAAAGGUCACUAUUCUUGAGAAUGUUUGCUGGACAGAAUUUGGGCUUCUAGUUUUUGUUUGGGUUGCAUUUCUGGCACUGCAAAUAACUAAGAACUAUACUGCUACAUGUUCUGUUGCAUAUUGGGUAGUGAACUUGUUGCAGAUCCCAGUUUCCGUUGGGGUAUCCUCGUACGAGGCAAUGAGCCUGUACAAGGGAUGGAGAAAAAUUGAAUCCCGGGGAGAUGCAGGCACCAACUUGCAAGUGCACCAAUUGAUCGUCUAUUGCUCCUUUGGCUUACUGGCUGGUGUGGUUGGGGGGCUGCUUGGUCUAGGAGGAGGAUUCAUCAUGGGUCCACUGUUUUUAGAGCUGGGAGUCCCUCCUCAGGUUUCAAGUGCCACAGCUACCUUCGCAAUGAUGUUCUCCUCUUCAAUGUCCGUUAUCGAAUACUACCUUCUAAAACGUUUUCCAGUUCCCUAUGCUCUUUACUUUAUUGCUGUGGCAACUAUUUCUGCUUUUAUUGGGCAACAUGUCGUGAGAAAGCUGAUAAAUUUAUUAGGAAGGGCAUCCCUAAUCAUCUUCAUUCUGGCCUUCACAAUCUUUGUGAGUGCAAUCUCACUAGGUGGGGUUGGUAUAUCAAACAUGAUUGGGAAGAUUGAACAGCAUGAAUACAUGGGUUUUGAGAACCUCUGCGAGUACGAUGCUUAGCAUCACCCUCCACAGCCCAUUUGCUUAGGUUCAUGCUCAUCAGGAUACAGGAAUUGGCCAGAAGUUUAUUCCUAUUCGAUUCCAUGGAGGUUUCAUAUUUUCCAUUACUCACUGAUGGUGCCUUUUUUGUAAGAGCUUUGUGCUUCCAAAUAUUUGUAGGAAGGUCGAACAAUAUGAAAGGUAGGAAGUAAUGGGACUCGGAUUGUCCUUCAUUAUAGUUGGCGUAGAAGUAGGAAUUAAGACUUAUUUAUCAUUUCGAUUAUUUAUUUGGACUCUUAGCUUUAUGGUUUUUGUAUUCCCUGUGGAUCCUUUUAUUAUUGACUUAUUGAGACUUUUAUUCUUUCCCCAUUCUCCUCCAUCUCCCUCAUCUAUUAC